AUGCGUACAUCAAACAAAGAAGAAAAGAAUGACAACACUAGUAUUCCGUCCAAGGACAAUUCGAAAAAUGUUCAUCGUUCCCCAAGAAAAGCUUUUUCUUUGUCAAUAAUGAUCCUAGACAAUCUAGAAAAGUUUAUUAAUCAUGAAUAUGAUCAAGAAACUUUCAUUACAAGUGUAAAUAAGCGUUCUCAAGGAAUGACUUCAAAAGAAAAAUUAUUUUUUGCAUCAAAAUUUAAUUUUGUUGGUUAUUUCAAUGCAUUAUUAGAAAUUAGUACGCAAAAUCAGAAUCUAUUCUACCAAGGUUUGCAUAUUAUAUCAACAUUUAUUAAAUUCCCUUCUACAAAAAAGUUAAAAUUAUAUACAGAGAAUAACAUCAGCGUACUGAACGAAAUUUUUCAUUCAUGUCCUGCAGAAAACUGCUCCGACUGCCUUGCAAUAAUAUCUGAUCUCAUUGAAUAUAAUUAUGCAUAUUUUGAAUUCUUUUACCAAAAUGGAUUUAUAGAACGAAUUCAAAAAAUUCCUCCGUCAGGCUAUGGUGUUGUAAUUAUACGAGAAAUGUAUAAAAAUAGCCCAGAAACACAAAAUGAAUUUAUUAAUCUUAUUCCUUACUUUGAAACUUCAAAUGAUGUAAAUGUAAGAAAAGAAAUCAUUGCAACACUUCAUUUCCUAUCUAUUAAUGGCGAAUCGGAUGAAAUUAAGCAGUUUUCUUUGAAUAAUUUUUUGGAACAAUUUUAUAAUCUUCAAGAUAACAAAACACAUGAGCAAUACAUUGAAACAUGGAAAUUUAUAUGCGACAUUCCUGCUGAAAAUGUCACAAUUCCUUUAGAUUAUGCUAAAAUCAUUAUUAAAUUGAUUGAAGAAACAGAACUUGACAAAGAAGAUCUCGAUCUACAAAAAAGCCAACAAGAUUUUAUCAGUGCUGCAUCAAAUUGUUUAAGACAUCUUCAUGAUGCGUGGGAAGGCGAAAUUGAUGAACAAGUUUGUACUCUUAUGAAGAAAUAUUACGGUUCUUCUAAUUUUAAUUGUAAUGUUAGUACAUUUAACUGCUUCAUUGCUUAUCUCCAUUUCGAAGAAUGGUUUGAUGAGCAAAUUGCAGAAGAUAUCAAAAACUAUUGCGAAUCUUCUGAAGUAGCAUAUGCAUGUUUCCCAAUAAUCCUUUCUGCAUUCCAUAAAUUACAAUCUGAUGAGCUUUUUGAACUGAUUCAGGAUUUAAUUCCAAUAGCUGAAAUCCACAUGCAGGAUGAUGAUGAAAAAAUCAAAAAUAUAGCUGAAUUAUUCUACAAUGAAGCCAGUCAAAUAUAA